GGGCGGCGAUGGCGGCGCGGCCCGCGCUGCUGCUGCUGCUGCUGCUGAUGGCGGCGGCAGCGCCGGACCCGGCGCAUGGUUCGCAGGGGGACCGGGAACCGCUGUACCGGGAGUGCCUGAGCCGCUGCGAGCGGCAGAACUGCUCCGGAGCGGCACUGCGGAACUUCCGCGCCCGGCAGCCGCUCUACAUGGGCCUGACAGGCUGGACGUGCCGGGACGAGUGCCAGUACGAGUGCAUGUGGCUGACGGUGCGGCUGUACCAGCAGGGCGGGCACCGCGUGCCCCAGUUCCACGGCAAGUGGCCCUUCUCCCGGUUCCUGUUUUUCCAGGAGCCCGCCUCCGCCUUGGCCUCCUUCCUCAACGGGCUGGCCAGCCUGGUGAUGCUGCUGCGCUACCGGGCGGCCGUGCCCCCCGCCGCGCCCACCUACCCCACCUGCGUCGCCUUCGCCUGGGUGAGCCCCGCGGCCCUUUCCCCUGCCCGUCCCCCCCUGCGCAGGACGCUGGGGCUGCAGCGCCCGGCCUUGCUCAGCAUCCUCAGGGCCUUCCUCCUCCUCUUCCUCGCCGGCCACAUCUCCUACCUGAGCCUCGUGCGCUUCGACUACGGCUACAACCUGCUGGCCAACGCCGCUGCAGGCACGCUGACGGUGGCGUGGUGGCUGCGCUGGUGCCUGCGCCAGGCCCGGCGCCUGCCGCACGUCUGGAAAUGCGCGGCCGCCGUGCUGCUGCUCCAGGCGCUGGCGCUGCUCGAGCUCCUCGACUUCCCCCCGCUGCUCUGGGUGCUGGACGCCCACGCGCUCUGGCACAUCGGGACCAUCCCCCUCAACGUGCUCUUCUACAGUUUCCUGAUGGACGACAGCCUCUACCUCCUGAAGGCCAACUCCGACCUCUUCAAAGUGGACUAGAGCUGCUGGGGGGGGGUGGGCAACGCCCCCCGUGCCCCCCCAGGGCCCUGCCCUGCCCUGUGCCAAGCGACCUCCUGCCCCCACCCCGGUUUUGCCUUUUGAGGUUUGUUUUUCUCCCCCCAAGCCCCGUGCAUCUUCCCAGGGGGGUGGGAACCCCCCCACUGCUGGGCACAGAGGGGUCAAGGACAGCUGAGCCCCCUCCCCGUGCUGAGCUGGGGACCCCCACGAGGUGACAGUGGCUGCUGGGGGGUGUGUGGGUGAUUGGGGGGGUGGUCUGUGUGUAUGGGGGGGGCUCUGCCAGAGGUGGGGGGUGUUGUGUGGGUGCCUUGGGGGCUGGGUGUGCCCCCUCCCAGCCCAGAGGGGCUGUGCCCCCCCCAUUCUCCCUUCCCCCGGGUGUGCUGUGGGAUGUGAAUAAAGCUGAGUUUAAUCUGUG